AUCUGCAACAAAAGUAACGCCAACUACUGUUAUAAGUAUGACAUCAUCGGCCACGGUCAAUGGUACAGUUUCCUCCAUGCCGUUUCAAACCAUUUGCAGUCGACCGCAACUGCGAAUCGGUACUCGGUACAACGGAACCAUGGCGAUCUACUAUAGCCCGGGUGAUGUUCUGGAAAUUAUGUGCGACACCGGCUUCAACGUCAACAUCGAACCACCGACUAUUACCUGUAUGGAUGGUGGCCGUUGGAAUCCCUCGAACGUCUCAUGUGAAAUAGAUAGCAGUAAUAAUAAUAGACUGGCAGAACCGAAGACGAUCGGCGGUGCAGUAGGCGGAGUAUGUCUUGUGGUACUACUCAUUGUAAUCAUCACUGUACUAGUCCGUCGCAGAAAGAGAUAUCCCGUGGAGACUCUGCAUGGAUAUAAUACAAAGCAACUCGAUGAUCCCUACAUGGACUUGGUGCCAACCGCCUCACCAUCAUCCCCCUACGAAACUUUACGAACUGGUUCCAUGGGAGUGGCCCUAGGAAAUGUGUAUGAGAACGGAUCAGUUGCUACGCAGUGUCAGUAUGCCAAUCAAAUACAGAACCAGGGAGAUCAGCAUAUGUAUGACUUUAUUUGAGCGAGAAUAAAAAAAGUCAAUCGAUAUGGGGUUUUUAUAGCUAGAAUUGAAAGAUCGGGUGAAAUGGAACGAUAAGAAAAGAGAAAGGGACACGAACAAUAAUGAUGUAAAGAAGGGAAAGGGAAAGAAAGAAGUGACCAAUAGAAAUAACAGGGAAAUGCUAUUUUUACAAAAUGGGAAAUUCCCUUUUUUCAAAAUAAAUACUCUUUUUAAAUUAUACAUUUAAGAUUAAUUUUCAGGCUGGAAUAUUACAAUUUUUCAGCUCGCGCUCUGCACUCGCAUUAUUCGAUUGCUGAAAUAAUAGUAUCCUAAAGAGGUCACUAAAUGCAGAUCUUAACAGGUUCCUUUUCUGGUCAGUAUAUUUAAGCUCGCGCUUUGCGCUCGUGUCAAUUCUUUAUUUAGAUCAUGGACCCUAGGGUCCAUGGUUAGAUGCACAUCUUUUUAAUGAUAGCAGAAACCUGCUCAGAUUUUUAAAUUUUCAUUUCUUAUUGAAAUGCCCUAUAGUUUGAGCUUGUGAUUCACGCUCACAACACCUCGCAAUAAUGCAAUUUUAACAGUAAUUGACCCCCAAAACGAGUUUUACAACUUCAGCUUUGAAAUCUUUUUCAAACCGCUCGCUCAUUAUACUCUCUCGCGAAAAAUAAAGCUUAAAUAUACAUCUUUCAUUCAUAUUCAGAAGUCACUUCAAAAAGGCUUUUCUCUACUUAAUUACUAUAAAACACACAAUAGCUUCACGCAGAUGAUAAUCUCAUGGUGAAAAUAUCGCCAAAGUGCCCAUUUUGACGUACGAGUGUUAUUUCGGCUUUGCCCCCAAACGAAAAUUCAUUCGGCCGCCCUUGCCUUCCCAUCCUCAUAACAAUUAAACAGCAACGGUGUUUCUCUCCCCCCCCCCCCCCCCCACCACCACACUUGCCCUUCCUCUGGUUUCCCGGUUUUCAUUUUUCGGAACGAACAUCGAGGUAUAGGCAAUUUGCGUGUUUCGGAAUUACGAACUUUCGGGAUAAAGAACCUUUGGAAUUACGAAGUGUAACCAAAAAAAGUUUGGAAAUCUAUGUUUGGCCGAUAAUUUCUCCCAACUACCAAUUUUACACAAUGCAUAUUUGACAUCAUUCAAAACAUCAUGUAAUUCUCUUUAAAAUGGUACCAUGCUUGUUAUUAUCAUGCCAUCACGAAAAGAGCAGGAUUCAAAAGUGUUGGAUGAGGUCUGAAUUGAAAAGCUGCAAAACGAGCACAAAAACUUUGGAAAUCUGAGUUUGGCCAUUAUUCUCUCCCAACUCCCGAUUUUACACAAUGCAUAUUUUAUAUCAUUCAAAAGAUUAUUUAAUUUUCUUUGAAAUGAUACCAUGCUUGUUAUGAUCAUGCCAUCAAGAAAAGAGCAAGAUUCAAAAGUGUUGGAUAAGGUCUGAAUUGAAAAGCUGCAAAACGAGCAGAAAUAGUCAUGAAGGGUGAAUACAGAACAUGAUUCUUUUGUCUGUGUCAAUAGAGAUGAAAAUCCAUUCAAAACAAGCCCCUGCUUCUUCAUUGUUUUAUGUUUUGUUGUGGUUUAUGUAGUGAUGGUUCUGUGAGAUAAAUGGUUUGAAAUACCCAUGCAGAGGUAUGUUUGAUUCCAUGUUCAUGUUGAUGUUAAGGUGCAAGAAAACAAUUAAAAGAAACCGCUGAGAAACUCAUCACCACUGAAAAGAGAACAGUGACUUUCAAUAUUGUGUCAUUUUGCAACUUUUGAAUUUUGACCUUGUAUUGCCCCGCAUUUCAAGGCACUGCACCUCCAUGUGAACCAUAAUCAUAUCAUGUAUGGUAUCAUUUUAAAGAGAAUUAAAUGAUCAAUUCAUUGAUAUUAAUUACACAUUGAUAUUUACUAAAACCAAGGAGGGAUUAUCGAUCAAAGUAAAAAGAAACCGCUGAGAAACUCACUCAUCACCCCGGAAAAAAGAACAGUGACUUUCAAUAUUGUGUCAUUUUGCAACUUUUGAAUUUUGACCUUGCCCCACAUUUCAAAGCACUGUGCCUUCAUGUGAUCCAUAAUCAAAUCAUGUAGGGUAUCAUUUUAAAGAUGAUUAAAUGAGCAAUUCAUUGCUAUCAAUCAUAUUAUUAAUAUGUACUAAAACCGAGGAGGGAUUAUCGAUCCAAUUCAGAUUUCCAAACUUUUUUUGAAGAGUUUAUAUGUUUUAAAUAUAUGUUUGUUAGUAGUAAUUUAGUUGAUUACAGUAGGUUAUGUACGUGUAGAACAACAAGAAAUUUAUUUGGAAUAAUCAUGAUGGUAAUGAUGAUAAGGAUGACGGUUGUAACGAUGAUGUUAAUGAUUAAGAUUAUAUUUAUGAUAAUCAUAAUGAUAAUGGUAAGAAUUAUGGUAAUAAAAGUAAUGGUAAUAUCAACUAAC